AGAUUGUGCCAAAAUGGAUCGAGACGCCAUGGCCGAGAUCAACCAUUAUUGUCAAAAGAAUAAUUUUACAUUGGACUAUAGUGAUGUCAAAGCGACUGGCCCUGCUCAUUGUCCUGAAUUUACAGUCGUGGUUAAAAUAGGUGACGAAAAAUAUGGUGAAGGUACUGGUAAAUCUAAGAAAGAAGCAAGAGCAGCAGCAGCAGAAAAAACAUGGGAGAUGAUAGAAGAAAAGAAGAGAAGGGCGUUGCAGUUUGAUGGUGGGGCAAAUUUGGACCAAGGGGCUCACGUGCAACUACUACAAAGGCAUCCAUCUGAAAUCAGUUCCACAUCUGGAGAAUCUAGUAGUUCCCAUGAAAUGUCAAAUAUGUCUGACUCAGAUGGUACUUAUUUUGAAAGCUCAGCUGCAAGCUUGGUAGAAGAAGUGAAAAACAUGGCAAUAACUGAAAAGCCUAUGCCUGCUCAGAAAAACGCUCGAUGUUCUGCUCAGAAAUCCCCAGGAAGACUUUUUUUGCUGGCACCUGCGUUUGAUAAGGCAGUAAACAAGAGAGAUAAAAAUGCAUACUCUGUGGAUGAAAGAUUUCUUAAGGAUUUUGAAAAUAUAGUGCCUAUUGGUGAAGGUGGUUUUGGGAACGUCUUCAAAGCAACAGCAAGGAUGGCUGGAAUAACCUAUGCAGUCAAACGAGUCAGGGUCGCGGAGAAUGUAAUGCGUGAAAUCAAAGGACUUGCAUGUCUCAACCAUGAAAACAUUGUGCGCUAUUACAGCAGCUGGAAAGGGGAGGACUACGUACCAUGUCCGGACGCAAGCCAGGAGCACCCCUCAAAAUGUGAAUGUAUUUUUAUCCAAAUGGAAUUUUGUGAAAAAGGGACAUUGGAAAACUGGGUUGAAGAUAAUCGGGGAAAACGAAGGUAUCAGGAGAUGGCACAAGACAAAUUUUUACAAGUAGUGAAAGGAGUAGAAUAUAUUCAUUCUAAAGGGUUAAUUCAUCGAGACCUCAAGCCUCAGAAUAUAUUCAUAUCAAAUGAAGAUAAAAUAAAAAUAGGUGAUUUUGGACUUGUGACUUCCGAGUCCUAUCAGCGUCUGACAGAAAACCGAGGAACAACGUCGUACAUGGCACCAGAACAGUUUGGAGCUGCAUAUGGAAAGGAAGUAGAUAUUUAUGCACUAGGAUUAAUAUGGUUUGAAAUUCUUUCCGCAUUGGCUAGUCAUCAUGAGAAAUGCAGAAUAUGGCAAGAUGUUAAACAAGGCAACUUCCCCAGGAGCUUCAGUAACAAAUUUCCAUCAGAGGCACCCAUGAUCAAACAGAUGCUUUCAGCAGAUCCCCACAAAAGACCUUCUGCUUCUCAGUUACUUAAGUUUGUUAAGCAUGCUGUUGAAGACAAGCCAUGGAGAGCUUAUACUCACUAA